AUGCGACUAAGCGGUUGUUUGCUUUCACUUCUUCAGGUCUUCCAGUUAUUUAUUAUCAACGCUGAGAAUGGCGAAACAGUACGAAUUCAUGGGCUGCUGGCAUGUGGUGGUGCAUCUGUUUUUGGCGCACGACUAAAACUUUACGAUGGAGGUGAGUUUCAAGCAACGGAUGAAUCAAAUUCGAAAAUCCGAAGAGCAAUUUCUGCUCAUAUGUUUUUUGUUGAUAAUUCAAAAUUAUUUACAGCGGGACUUAAGGAUGAUGGAACCGUAGCGAAUCACUGGGAUGAAUUCCUGUUUGAGGUGAAAAAUAUAGACACAUCGAAGCUAUACCUAACAAUUGAUCACCAUUGUGACGGAGGAAUUUUGCACGAGCAAUGUAUUCGGAAAGAUAAGUUAUUAUUCCAACAAGUUGCAAAGCGACAAUUAAUCUAUCACAUUGGAGUGUUGGAAUUACAAAAUGCCACUGUGUUGCAUCCAAAAAUACUUUAUCAUAUUGAAAGUCAUGAUGGUUGCAAAUGUUACAAUCAAAAUUUAUUCCAAGGCAAUUCCGCCUCAUGCAUCAAUUACAUCAAAAUGAAUCAAGAAAAAAUCCUGAAGAAUCACAAAGAAAUUAUCGAUGAAAAUUAA